GGAGGUGUGGUUCUGGUAUCUCACGAUGAGCAACUUAUUGAAAUGGUUUGCAAAGAAUUGUGGGUGGUGAAAGAUCGAAUGGUCGUCAACCUAGAAGGAGGCCUUGAGGAGUAUCGUAAGCAGGUUUACAAACAACUACAACUGAUCGCCUAA